AAUGUCAGGAAAUCGUUAAGGUUACAGACGCACUGAACAUGUGUAAAUGAUACUCAGUACCUACCUCUCCAACUAAACAUCACUUAGAAUACUGAUAAAAGUUUCGGCCUGAUGAAUGACUGUGUUUGCAAGCCAUGGAUGUCCCCUUCACCUUUUACCCAUCUGUCUAUCAACACCACAGCAGUCAGCACACACACAGGGACUACUUCCUGGACUAUGGGAGUCACAUGAACAUAGACAUAGAAGGACACCAACUACUGACCAAGGGGAGACUUGAAACCAUCUGUCAGAAGUGUCACCAGGGCCAGGAGGAGAACCUGCACCUGUCAGCCAUCUUCCCCACGCUGCCACUAGCCCCACAUCCAGCUGAUGUGACCUUUCCAUUUCCUGAUGGAAUCAGCGAUCCAGUUCGAGACUGUCAAGAGAAGACACAUUUCUUUAUUGCCAAGGUCAGACACAAUCAAGGACGUCUACGCCUCAAUUCAAUGAGCCAAUUCCAUCAGAACAUUAUCCAAGUCGGACAUAGUGUGUCCACGCUUGACCCCUCAGACUGCCGCCCUGUUGACAAGAUUUGUAGCUCUGUGCCUCGCCUAGCUGUUAUGUGGAGGGACUACAAGCACCUCAUCAAAUACAACAAGUACUUGCGAGUCAACUCAGCCUACACUGGAGGCUCCUUGUGCCUGAUGUCGCUGUCCGACAACACAUACUUGCUGCACCCUACAGGGGAACACUUCAACAGGAUCAAUGUGACUGAGGUUUUGGAUGCUGGUCAUCAAGGAUUCAAGCUGGGAAACACAGUAUUGUAUGAAGAACAAACCGCUUCCAAGGUGCUGGAAAUGAGAACUUCUUAUGUGAACAACAUAGGUUUGUGCUGCACUCGUGGAGACACUGAUUACACUGUGUACCGUGUGGCUGAGGCUGGAACUAUUGUGGAACCCGUUCUAUUGGAAAACAGACAUCUGUUCGGGGAAACACCAACAUCUGUCUGUCUCAGCCCCUACAUCUGUGGUGAGAUGCUUGUCUCAACUGACACUGGCUGCCUUUAUCUCUCUGUUCCUGGAUGCAGUUUGCAGACUCUAGUAUCCAAGCAACCCCUCCGAUUCCAAUCCACAGACCAAUGGCGCCAGUGUCACUGGGGGGCACAUCCACGCCAGGUCAUAUUAGCAGACCAUACCAGUGUGCAGCUCUUUGACAGCAGGACCCAGUACAGUGAGGGACUUGACCUGCUAGCCCAGCCCACCAGGCUGCUGCACCAACAGGAGAGGAUCAUGGUGACCCAGCCCCAUCCACACUGCCCAUACUACCACUUCAUAGCCACAGAUUUCUCCUUGCUGAUGAUGGACCAGCGUCUUCCCAACUACCCUGUGAUGGUUUGGCCUCACUCUCUACCUAGUGCCCCCCAGUAUGUAGCUGUAGCCAACACCACUUCCAGCGACUCACUGGUGCUGGCAGCCACCCAGUCCCCACCAGAGACUCACUGCUUCCAUGUGAAGUACGGUGAAGCCAAGCCGGUCCGCUCCCAGUACCAGCCAUGGAGGCUGUCUACCAUCAGUGCUGUGAUGACGACGGAGUGUAAGAGAAGCCUGAUGGGACAAGUGAUUCAACGCCGACUUGAUGCCUCACUAGCUGGAGUAGCUGCCACUCACACUGGGAGCAGUGCACACAUGUACCAGCUAACCAUACAUGGGGAGGUGUUCUAUCAGGUAUACAGUGAGAAAGGCCACUCCUCGGACAAAACUUGCAGUUAUGCCCACAGGAGACCUGAGGUCUCAGCAGUGGUAAAGGAGGUGACCGGGAAGUGGCUUGCUGGCUUUUACAGGCUCAGCUGGAUAGAGUCUACAACCCCAGAGGACCAGUUACUUUACUUCCGAUGUCUCCCAUUUUCUUAUUGAGGGGGCUGCAGUGAUCCCUCAUGUGCUGUGUCCACUGUGUAUGGCGACCACCUGCUCCCUGGUUGGCUCCAGUGUGGAGGUGGACAGUGACAGCACCAACAAGGCCAGCGCCUGCAGCAGCUGUGGUCAUGACCUGG